UCCUUUUGUUAUAGUAUACUUUUUUCAAUAUUCAUCCAAGUAGGCCACCAACGCAACCUCCUCUCUGCUUUUGUUUCCAGUCUGGCGGAGGCGCAAAAACCUCUGCUCUUCAAAACCAUUAAAAUCAAAAUCCCAAUUUGCAUCACAUUUCAUCCAAAUCUGAAAUGCCCAAAUCAAAUUCAUCCAAUUCCUCCUCAGAUGAGGAUGUAAAAGCACCUAAUAUGUUUGAAAGAGCAAAGGAAGAGAUUGAAGCUGUGAUUCAUGUUGGGAAAAUACAUCCUUUUGGUAAGGAAACUCAUGGGAAGCGAGAUGAUAUUAAUGAAAACACCCCAUUGGAUGAUGUGAAAGCUCCUAAUGUGUUUGAAAGAGUAAAGGAGGAGUUUGAGGCCCUUGUUGAAACAGUCCAUCACAAAAAAGAGUCUCAAACUCAUGUUGAUGAAAGGGACCAUUCUGACAAGGGACAAGCAAAACAUGACAAACCAGAAAAUGGUGUCAAGGCCCCUAAUUUGAUUGAAAGAGCUAAGGAAGAGAUAGGGGCCAUCUUGCACCAUGACAAAUCAUCAAACCAUCACCACAAAGAAACUCAUGGGAAGAGUAAUGAUAUUGAUGAAACCACCCCACUAAAUGAAGUUAAAGCACCUAAUGUGUUUGAAAGGGCUAAAGAAGAAAUCGAAGCUAUUGUCGGAACAAUCCAUCCAAAGAUAGGAUCAAAUGAUUCUGGUUCCGAAUUGAAGGAAGGAGGGUUCAGACAUUGCCUUGGAAUGGGAUUGGAAAAAGUAUGCCAUCCCUGGGGCAGCAAGAGAGAUUAAUGGCAAGCUUUUGUAUGGUUUGGAUUCUUACCUAUUUGUUUACUGAAAAAAUCCCAUGAAAACAUUAAGAUAUCAUUGUACUCUUUGUCGAUGUUUGCUUUGAGAUUUUGGUGAAUCCAAUGUCUUCUCCAUUCCUUUUCCCGAUUUGAUUCGACGCAGAGGUGCUCGUGUCUUUGGAAGUUGCUUAUGUUAGACUUUGCUGGUUGUCUGUUUUUUUUAAUCACAAUUUAUCCCAUUCAUUGAUCACAUAUGCUGGUAUUUCUUUAA